AGGUCAUGUGGUCAGAAGCCAAGUAUUAUAAAGUACACAGUGCCUGUGCAUGUGAAGUUUGCAAGCUAAAUUUAGCUGCCUGUUUUGUUUGGACCGUCCAUGAAUUGUGUUGGUUUUAUUGACUAAAAAACAAUGGCAAGUGUGCUGGAGAAGAGAGAGCGGAAGAAGUUUCUGGAUGACACUAUCCCCCUCAUCCCCACCAUCACUACUCACAGGAUGGAAGUGGCUGGGAAGCAAAGCCAUGCAGCGUAUGUGGUUCGUGUACAGAGAGGACAGAACCCGGAGGACAGUUGGGAGGUCAGCCAUCGCUACAACAACUUCUAUGCCCUUUACCAGACACUGCAAGUGUCCAACAUACCACUGGAUAUCCCUUCAAAGAAGAUGUUUGGGAACACAGAUAGACAGUUCUUGAAUGAUAGACAGCAAGGCCUCCAGAAAUUCCUGGACCAGGUCAUGGCAGCGCCUGUACUCAGGCGACACUUUGAGGUCAAGAAGUUCCUCGAUCCAACCAACUACUCUCUUUCCUUUCAUGAGGAUGCUCUUCGCAAUGCCUCCAUGUUUUUUCGCUCUGAACCGACUUGGUCAGUUGUGGAACCUCUCAAAGAUAUAGGGUGGAGGAUACGGAAGCAGUACUACGUCAUUGCCAGUAAGACUGACCACAGACUACCCAAACACAUGUUGUCAUGGUGUGAGCCAGGGCCUGACUCUUCUCUGGGGGAGAAAGAAAUGGAGGCUUGCUUCCGGGUCAUGACAGAUUUGAGGCACCCCUACAUUCUGUCCCCUGUACUGGCCAACUACACUGGAGGGGGGAUGAUGAUAGUGCGAGAACUGAUGCCCUCAGGGUCACUCAGAGAUACCAUCUACGGGCAACGAUUCCAAGGCUCUGUCUUGCAGAAGUAUGGCCAGCCAGCUAGGUCUAGAGCUCUGAGCCUACCAGAUAUUGCCAAAUAUGGCAGACAAGUGCUUGAAGCUCUGGUGUUCCUGUCAGAGAAAGGUUUCCCUCUUGGUCAGGUUCAUGCUGGCAAUGUAUUGCUGGACAGAGGCACUUGCAAGCUGGUGGACAUUGAGAACAGUUUAGUGGGAGUGCCCUCACUACACAGACACCACCUCAUCGACAUCAGGAGAAUUCAUAGUCAUGAGGCAGAGACAGUGUACAGCUUUGGACAUAUGCUGUACGAGAUGUGCAUGGGACAAGAACUUAAGACAGCCACCCUGGACUCUGUGCCUGAGUCACUACCUGCUGGAGUAGUGCCUAUACUUCAGAGGGUUCUGACCAGUAAUGGGAUUAAAGAUAACUUCCCCAGUCUAUCUAAUCUACUUGAUGAUGUAUUUUUCUCGACAGUCUCCCUACCACCCACAGGGGGAAAACCCCUCAUGAAGGUGUCAAGUAAACUCAAGGAGGUCCUCAAAGAACACAUAUCAAAGAUGGAGCUACGACUGCACGAGGAGCAGAAAAAGGUCUCACAGCUCAAGAGACUGUCCAAGGCACAGGAGAGCCUCAUGUCAGAGGAAGAAAAAAGGAAGAGAAGAAAGUUGAGAAAAAAACAGCUGUCACUGCAGGAGACCAGUGAGCCUGAAUCGUACCCCACCACCAAAGCCCUCCCUCGCCAGAACACCAUUGGGACCUCGGGGGUCACAGCCAGUACUGCCGUGAGGAGCAAGGCAAACUCUGCCCCUCCUCCUGCCUCUCAAAGCUCCUCCACUCAGCCAGCAGCAUCCACCACCUCCAGUACUGCUAAGACCAAGAAAUCCUCAGCAACUCCAAAAGCUCCUCCCCCUCCAACUGCAACCCCUCCGGCCCCCCAGGUUGACAGACCACCCCCCACAGAGAAGAGAGGGGCCCUCCUCGGGUCCAUUGAAGGAUUCACUAAAGGAAAACUCAAGAAAGUUAAGACAAAAGAUCGAAGUGCCCCAAAAGUGUAACCAUCUAGGACUUGUUAGAUUGUGCCUAACUUCACAGGUAGUAUAUAAUUAUAGUUACUCUAGAAAUAAUUAUGGAUUUUUAUGAUUGGUUCUUUGAUACAGAUCUCUACGCAUUUUUAAUUUCACUUAAUCCAAAUUAAUUAUUAUGAAAAUUGCAUUAGUUGUCACGUGAAUUCGAAUUCGAAUUCAAUUCUUAA